AUGGAUAAAAACAAUCUUCCAGAAGCUCGUCACCAAGAGAUAGCUGAAGUAGAUGCGGGAAUUCCCACACUCACCGACCAUGGGGUUGUCUCAGGUCCACUACGACACUUGAGCCCUGAAGAGAACAAAAGAGUGCUUCGUCGUAUUGACCUGGUUCUGAUGCCGAUCAUGUUCAUAUCCUAUGGCCUCCAGUAUAUGGACAAGGCAAUCCUAGGAGCGGCAUCUCAAUUUGGUGUAGUUGAGGAAGUUGGCUUGUAUGAUAUUGUAAUGGCCAAUGGGAAACCACAAAUUGACCUCACUAAAUUUUCUUUGGCGACCCUUAUAUUCUACUGGGGGUUUGCCGCAGGCGCUUUCCCAGCAUCCUUCCUCUCAAGCCGGUUCCCCAUCGGAACGUUUUGCGGGGCAUCUGUUUUCAUAUGGGGUCUUGUCACAAUGGCUGCUGCGUUGGUUCACUCAUAUUCGGGCAUGAUGGCUCUACGAUUCUUCCUUGGUUUCAUCGAAGCCGCUAUUCCAGCAGCCUUCUCGCUCAUUAUUGCGAUGUGGUACAAGCCAGAUGAACAGCCUCUCCGAUUUGCCAUCUGGGUAUCUGCAAGCGUUAUCGGAGGGGUGCUUGGCACUGUUCUCCUCUGGGGAGUCGGCCACAUCAACGGCUCACUGAGCCCUUGGAAGUAUCAAUUUACUGUUCUCGGAGCAAUAAUUUCAGCCUGGGGAAUCUUUCUCGCUAUUGCAAUGCCGAGAUAUCCUGCUUCUGCUUAUUUCUUAUCUGGGAAAGACAGGACUUUGGCAGUGGACAGGAUCCGCGCCUGUAAAACAGCAGCAAAGGACGAGGGCUUCAAGCUUCAUCAGGUCAAAGAGGCUUUCCAGGACCCCAAGACAUGGGCUUACAUCUUCGUGACAUUAAGUUGUCAACUAGCAAAUGGUGCUGUACCGGGAUUCGGCCCUAUCAUUAUAAGUUCAUUUGGAUUUGGCCCGCUGCAAUCAGUUCUCAUAGCAGGCUCUUUGGGAGGUACCUUGUUCCUGUCGAUGGUGGCAGUCGGGCAUAAAUGCAAUGUUGCGUUUGCUACCUGCUUGCUAAUCAUCAUAGGGUGCGCUAUUGUUUGGAAGGCGUCGUGGAAGUCUCUUGGAGUACCCCUUUUCGGCUUCCUCCUUGUCGGAUUUUUCGCUACUCCUUACGUGAUGAUCCUUUCCCUAGUCACAGCAAAUACGGCAGGCCAGACGAAGAAGGUUGUUGUAACUGGAUUGGUCUGGUUCGCAUAUUGUGUGAGCAAUGGUGUUGCUCCGCUUCUUGUCAGGUCGACAGAGCAAGCGCAGCACUACCCUUCGCUUUUUAUUCCCAUUCUCUCUCUACUUAGCGCGGGGCUACUUGUUCUUGUUGCGCUUAGAUGGUACUUGGAUGCUUGCAACAAGAAAAGGGAAGCAGACGCUCUUUCUAAUGGGGGGAGCACUCAAUCUCCUGAUGAGACGGCGUCUUUGGAUUUAACGGACAAGGAAAACCCGAACUUCCGUUAUCAUCUCUGA